UUUCUCUCUUUAAAUAGAUUUGAGAUUUUUCUGCUCUCAGGCCCAGUGCAGAAAAAGUACAGAACAGUAUUCGCAGUGUCUUUCCGUGCUGUCAAUAAUGAAGAUGCAGAAGGCAAUCACAGUGUGCUUCCUGGUGAUGACCGCCAUUUCGGCGGCUUUCGCGGAAGCCAGCUCGCAUUCGGCGCCCAUCAGAACGUUUCGGCCGCCAAGUGGAUUCAUCGCUCUACGAGGCAAACGCAGUCCGAUCGACCGCGGGUCUUUCCGCAACUUCAUGCUCAGGUGCUUGGCCUGGGUCAGGAAGAAAUCAGGUAUUUAUCAAGACCAGAUGACAGUGAGCUUGGAGAGGACUUGCAAGGUUCUGGAGAAAUGUCUGGUUUUGAUGAUGAAUCAGCAGCAAUCAAUGGGCUGCUGUCAGAACCGAGUUUAGCAAUCCCAAAAGGGCAAUUCCCGUUGAGAGGCAAAAAGAACGGAUUCGCCGCUUUCAGAGGUAAGAAAAGCGACGACAGUCUCGGGUUUUCCGCGUUCCGCGGCAAAAAAGCCGCCGCGGCGGCGGAGGACGACUAUUACGGCUUCUCUGGGUUCCGCGGCCGCCGAAGCCUUGUGCCAAAGAGGCGGAAGGCGCCGUUCUUCCCGCGGCUACCCAAGCAGCCCAAGGCGCCAAAAUUGCAGGUGUUUUGCUUGACAGAGCAGAACCCUUGGGGCAUUGUGAGUUCCAUCAAAAGCUUCACACUUGAGCAGUUACUGGCCUUUCAUACGUNUUCGGAACACGGUUUCUCCGCCUUCCGCGGCAAGAAGGGCGCCGAUGGGUUCGUCGGGUUCCGCGGCAAGAAACCCAGCGGAUUCGUGGGCAUGCGAGGCAAGCGUGGCCCUGACUCGUCAUCCGUGAUGUUCGGCAGGAAUGGAAGAUCUCCCUGGCAACGGAUCAUGUCCGAGACAAAGAGAGAUGGCGGGACAGGAGACCUGGACGGGUUCGAAGGGCCCGUGAACCCGGCUUCGUUCAUCAGGUCACCGGAGGACACGAAGGAGAUCCAGUCGUUCCUGGCGUCGCUCAGAGGCGCCCUCGUUGAGCCGGACUUUGAAAUGCACAACACGGACCCAGCGACUGUCGAACUCAUGCGCCGCAACGAGAGGUCGCCCCUUGGCGCCAACAUGGGAUACCUCACAGCAACACAGGCGCCUCAGGCUGCAAGAACCGCCUGAGGCUGGUCAACAGCAUCAGGCGAUUAUUACUAAAUCUUGCAACAUCUCUGGAACCCACCUGAUGCGGACACUGUUUCAAAUCCUCGACUAUAUCCUCAUCAAGGCCCUCGCUUUGCUGGAAAUCAUCUUGCCUUUUUCUUUUUCUUUUUUUCUUACUUGAAUCACUUGAAAUUUCAACAUGGUCCUAGGUGUGUUAUUGGAGGAAUCCGCAAAAACCCUGAAGACGUUCGUUUCUUCUAUUUUCCACGAACUCCAUCUGCUUUUUAACCAAUAAGUCAUGUAUAGCAAAUCACAAAAGGAAUUUGAUUUUGUUCCUCAUGAUAUAUCAAGAUAAUUUUGAUCGGUUAAAUUAUGUUUUUUGUAGAUACAUUUGUUGACGUUUUUGUAAGUAUUCCAUGAGGUUGCUUUGCGUGGGUAUAUGUAUAUCGGCUUUGAAAUCAGAUUUAAAAAAGCAUGAUGCAUCAUUGGCAUGUUUUUUUUUUCAGAGUUACCAAAAAUGUUUCGAAAAGUUUGUUAGAUUGAUUGUGUAAUUCAUUCGUAUCCUCUUCUUUUUUAAUAUUAUUCAGAGGCGGAUUGAUUCGUUUCGUGCAACCCCGAUACUUGAAAGAAUUGUUGAAGAGAAAUCGAAUCAUUCUUCUUUGGGUUCGUUGUUGCAAAAAUUGUUCGUUAUUGUCAAAGUUAUGAAUCUCGAGGUUUGUUCUUCCGGGAAAGCAAGAAAAGAAUAUACGCAGAACACUUGGGAAAUGGGAAAAAAUGUUUUGAUGGUGUAGAAAGAGAAAAGAGUUCAUGAAUUGAAAAAAGUUGGCGCCUGAAAUACAAUUCGCAUCAUGGAGAAAA